GAGCAAGUCUGCUGCAUUCUCCUCAUUAUACUUCAAAUGGGUCCUCUGCGUCUCCAUAUAUAAUUAAACACACACACGCCUUACUUACGGGAUUUGGUCUUAUUAUAUAAGAGCCUAGACACUGCUUGGUUGUUUGAUUACUCAAAAAAUGGGGAGUCCUGCUGCAAGGAAGGUCCUUCUCACUUCCAAUGGGGAUGAAAUCUCAUCCAACAUAGCCUUACAAUUGGCCCAACGCGGUUGCAGGUUGGUUUUGAUGGGAAAAGAGAGCUCUUUGAGGAGUGUUGCAGAGAAAAUAAGGGGGUCACUGGAAGGUGUGGUGUCUAUAGAGGUGGUUGGUGUGGAUAUGGAGGAGGAGAGAGGAGCAGUUUUUGAUGAGGCUGUGGAUAAGGCUUGUGAAAUCUUGGGUAGUUUGGAUGCCUUUGUGCAUUGCUAUGCCAAUGAAGGCAAGAUGCAAGAACAUCUGCAAUUAUCUGAAGACAAGUUUAAAAAGAUAAUGAAGAUAAAUUUCAUGUCUGCAUGGUUUCUGGUAAAUGCCGUUGGCAGAAGAAUGCGAGAUCAUAAAUCAGGAGGUUCCAUCAUAUUGUUGACCUCGAUUGUUGGAGCUGAAAGAGGGCUUUAUACAGGAGCUGUUGCCUAUGGUGCUUGUUCAGCAGCACUGCAGCAGUUAGUAAGGUCGUCGGCAUUGGAGAUUGGAAAAUACCAGAUCAGGGUUAAUGCAAUCGCACGUGGUUUGCAUUUGGAAGAUGAGUUUCCUAAGUCUGUGGGAAUAGAGAGAGCAAAGAAGCUGGUGAAGGAUGCAGUUCCGCUGGAGAGAUGGCUUGAUGUUAAAAAUGAUGUGGCUUCAAGUGUCAUAUAUUUGGUCAGUGAUGGUUCAAGGUACAUGACGGGCACAACUAUAUUUGUUGAUGGGGCACAGUCUCUCGUGAGGCCUCGAAUGCGUUCUUAUAUGUGAUUCUUGCUCCUAUUAUAUCCUCCUAGCCAUUAUUAGCUACUUAGGUUUGUUCAUACUUCAUAGGUGAACUCAUUAGCUAUUCUUAUAUUUGUUCCUUACGAAUAACAAAGUCAAGAUUCAAUUGCCUUUCUACAGACGAUGGGACUGAAACUGAUAACUGUCUUGUACUGAGAUGCAAAAUUUCAAAGAUAUUCUACAGUCUGUGCCAAUUUCCAGUUUGAGUAGCAUACAGCAUGAAACAUACAUCUGUUUAUGUUAUGACCUUCCAUUGAAUUAAGUGACGCAUCUUUCAUCUUUC